GUGUUCUACCUGCGCCGCGUCAUUGCCGUCUCUUGCCUGCAGGCCGCUUCUCCCGAAUAGUAUGUGCCCUCGUCGCCGGUAAGGGUCGCCAAGCUACACCAUGGCCGAGGUUGGAGGCGCCAAAGUCCGCUCGCCGCUGGCCGAGACGACGAACCGCAUCAACUCCCCGUUCCCGCUCCUGGAGCCGCAGCCUCGAGGAAAACCGCGUCCCGAUCACGCCGAGGCACGCCCAGCUCACGCUCAAGCUCACGUGCAGACCCAGGCACAAGCUCGUCGUACCGUGCCCAACCCCAUGGCUGAGAACUCCCGGCCGUCAACUUCACAUGGCGCCACCAACGCUCACGCGCCUGCAGUCCUGAGCCCGCCCAAACAGGCUGACGAGGACAAGCGCUUCUCCCAAGCUUCAUACGCGUCGUCGUCGAGCAGUCGCAGCAAGAGGAGCUACAAGACGCACGUCGGUCCGUGGCAGCUUGGAAGAACGCUGGGCAAGGGCUCAUCGGCUCGCGUCCGCCUGUGUCGCCACAAUGUCACCAAACAGCUCGCCGCCGUCAAGAUCGUCAACAGGCGGAUGGCGUAUCUCGUCCAAGAUAGCAGCUUGGCCGCUCUGAGCAAGUGGGACAGCAGUCUCCCAGAGCAGAUCAACGGCGAGAUGCGCGUCCCCAUGGCCAUCGAGCGCGAGGUGGCCAUCCUCAAGCUUAUCGAGCAUCCAAACAUUAUGAGACUGUACGACAUUUGGGAAAAUCGCUCCGAAAUAUACCUGAUCCUCGAGUACAUUGACCGUGGCGAUCUCUUCACCUUUAUCAACACCUACGGGCGCCUCUCGGAAGAUACGUCCGUUUUCUUUUUCCGCCAAAUGAUCAGCGCCAUCGCCUACUGCCACUCAUUCAACGUCUGCCACCGGGACCUCAAGCCCGAAAACAUUCUAAUCACGGGCGACCUUCAGAUCAAGAUUGCCGACUUCGGCAUGGCGGCACUUCACCAGACAGACACCCAUCAUCUUGCGACGGCAUGCGGCAGCCCUCACUACGCCGCCCCGGAGCUCCUUAAGAACAGACAAUAUCGUGGAGACCGCGCUGACAUCUGGAGCCUGGGUGUCAUCCUAUACGCAAUGCUCUCUGCCACGCUCCCCUUUGACGAUCCCGACCUGCGCGUCAUGAUGGCCAAGACCAAGAAGGGCCACUACCAGAUGCCGAGAUGCGUCAGCCCCGAAGCCGCCGAUCUUAUCCGACGCAUGCUUCAAGUCAACCCUGACCGCCGAAUCACCCUCAAGGAGAUCUGGCGCCACCCCCUCGUUCAAAAGUAUAAUUCUCUCGACUCCUUUGGGGACAUCACGGGCCAGCUGCCAGAUACGCGAAAAGGCUUCCAAUAUACUCCUGUUCAGCGUAGUGAGAUCGACCCGCAGCUUCUCAGGCAGUUGCGUUCCAUGUGGCACAUGUUCAGCGAGCAGGACCUUGUGCUUAAACUCUCCUGUGACGAACCCAAUGACCAGAAGGCCUUUUACUGGCUGCUUUACAACUAUCGGGAUAAGCAGCUAGAGGACUUCAAACCCGAGCUGGCACACUCUAUGAGCGAUUACCACCAUCUCAAGCCGACCAUAUGGAAGAAGAAGGUGUCGACGUGCGAGUUUGCGCAGCCUCGCGGCAAAGGCCACGGUCGAUCCGUCUCCCGCUUCACCGUCAUCUCCAACGCCGCCGAGACCGAGUCCGGAACCGAAAAGAGCUACGACCCGUACAGAGGCAGCCGUAUGCUACAAGGAUGCGAGCCGGAGGCCAGCCACGCCAAGAUUGUCAUUCACAGGGAUGCCGAGACGGUCAGCGUCAGGAGCACAACGAGAGCUCGAAGCGGUUCCACCACCGCUCGACGAGCGCGCGCCAACUCUGCCAGGGCGGCGUCCAUCAUGGCUAAACAGCCGUCGCGAGGCUCACUGCUGUCCUUGCGCAGCAACAGACAGGGGACGCCCCACGUGGCGAUUCCUGCUUUGCGGCACAAGCGGGGAGUCGACUUUUCGCAUAUUAGGAGGCGGUCGACCUCUGCUGGUUAUGCAAAGCGGCAACCUACUCGUCUGCGCACGACGGCGUCGGUGGCCGGAGACGGAUCAAUGUACCAGAAGGAGGCUGCGCGGUCUCCCUCUCCAGAGCUCCGCCGACAAGCCGAUGGCACGCAUCCCAAAGCCAAGGGCGCUCCGAAGAAUGGCGCCUCCAUGAUCUUUAACGAAGAACUUCGCCACUUCAGCAACAGCUGUGCUAAGGAUUGCGAUGAGGCUUUCAAGGGCACGCUGGCUGAGGCCGAAUCGGCUGGCGGCUCAUGGACCGACGCGGAGAAGAAAGGCCGCGGCUCAACCCCCUUCUCCAUAACCGUGGACAGCCCGACGGUCACCACCCCUGCUACGGACAGAUCGAGCGCUGCCUCGUGGCAAAGCCGGCCGCUGCCCCCGCUGCCCCCCGAGGAGCCCUCGAAGCAGUUUCUCACCCCGAGCCUGCGUGACGUCGAGUCCGAGCUUGACUUUGGCGGUGAGGAGAACAACGACGCGGCGACUGUGUCGCACGAUGGCCCUCACCUGGCCGUUCCGGUCAUGCUGUCGAAGCACGCUGACCGCCGGGUUGUUUCGGCCCCCGCGCAUAACCACCAGCCAAGCCGGAAGCUGACGACUCUUCCGUCUAUUCACGAAAACACGACGUCCGCCGUGGACAGUGACGGGACGAGAGUCGUCUCAGCUCCUCCGCAUGGCAGUGGCAAGAGGUCCGACGAUAUGGACAGGAGCCUCGAGUAUCUCAGCAAGGUGGAGAACACUAUCCGAGUCGUUCACUCUCCUGGAUCGACGAGUCCCGUCAAGAUGCCCGAGCCGCUGAACGUGCAAAAGAAGUCGGCGACGGAGGACUUUGGACACAAAUUGCAUCGGCGUCUCGCAUACAAUGCGGAAAAGUACGAUGACGAUGCGGUCGAGCGUCCGGCAGCCGACACGGGCGCCGAUACGAAGAAGAAGAAGACGUCGUGGUUCAGACGGGUGUCCAAGGCGGAGUCGGCAUCGGCCGCUAGCGAACCCAAGACGGCUCGGACCUCCAUUGCGUCGAAGCAAUCGUCGGAUGCGGAUGGACUCGCCCCCGCUGCGAAGAAGAAGGCCUUUACUUUUCCCUUUUGGAAGAGCAACAAGGAGAGAGAGACGGGUAUGAUUGUCGAAGGUGAGCGGGACAGGACCGAAGUCCCCCGACCUACGGACUGCAGACUGACUGCCGAGACAGGACCGGUCCGUGCUACCGAGGACAAGAUGGCGGCGAGGCAGACUCGGCAGCAGGCACUGCGUGACUCCGGGUCGGGCAGUAUACGGAACGUGGCGGUGAAACAGAACUGGCUGACGCGCCUGUUCCGCGUGAAGCCCGCCACGACCUACAUCUGCAUGACGCUUUCGCGCAAGCGGGCCCGCCAGGAAGUGGGCAUCCUUUUGCGGGAGUGGCGACGUUAUGGCAUGAAGGGAGUCCAGGUGGACAAGCAGCGCAACAUUGUCUUUGCACGGCUCGGGGCUAAGAACUAUUUGAACCUCAAGGAAGUGGAGUUUGCUGCCGAGGUCAUGACGGUCAUCGAGCACGGCAAGAAGCAGCCGCUGAGCAUUGUGCGCUUCACGCAGGAGCGGGGUGCCGCGAGCAGCCUUCACAGAAUCGUCGACACGAUGCGCAUCAUGUUUGACAGCCGUCAUCUGCUGGUUACGGACAAGGACAAGCAGAAGAUGAUGAUCAAGACGCUCAACUCGUGAGCUGUGUUGAUGCCCGGUAUGAGUUUGUGUAUGAAAAUAUUUGCUUGGAGAUACAACCCACGGUGGAAGCCGGGCCAGAGAGAGUGGUGCGCACUCGCGGACAUACGGCCGGAUCGAUAGCCAGGAGGCGGACUGCUUUGUUUCUUGGCGCAGGGGAGUAAUUGGUGCGAGGAACGGAUUGGUGUUUUCUCGAUAGGCUGAGGGUGCUUGGUUGGAUCAUCCAGUUGCUAGUUGGGAAGGCUCGGCUCCUUGGGAUCGAAAAGACAUGUUCAUAAGACAUGGGUGGUGCGGUCCGGGUCUUUUGUUGAUGUUGGGCGUCUAGAUAGCUUGGGAUGAGGCUGGGGGAGCUCGCACCUGCGACUACAAAGUAGUGGGAGUGGCUCGCUUCAACAGGACUUGACUGUAUUGUUAGCUGUUCAGUCAAAUGGGAAGCACGUCGUCAUGU